ACCUUACGAGGGAACAGCGUCUCCUAGCGGCAGGCGGGAGCGUCCGUGUGCGUGAGUUUCCAGCUGCGUGUGACGCACGUGCGGCGUUACGUAACGCGGCCCCUCCGACCGCUCCCUGGGCCCGGCCCCCUGAGGCCCCGGAACGUGCUGGAGAUGAAGGUUGGCUGCCUCUCCUUCCGCCAGCCUUAUGCUGGCUUCAUCUUAAACGGAGUCAAGACCUUGGAGACACGUUGGCGCCCCGUGCUGAGCAGCCACCGGCACCGCACCCUGGCCGUCCACAUCGCUCACAGGGACUGGGAAGAUGACGCCUGGUGGCAGCUGCUGGUGGGAAGGCUCGGGAUGACUCCCGCUCAGGUUCAGGCCUUGCUUCAGGAAGGGGAAAAGUUUGGCCGGGGAGUGAUAGCUGGGCUUGUCGACAUUGGGGAGACUUUGCUGUGCCCUGAACACUUGGCCGAGGACGAGGCCGCGGCCCUGGAAGAGCAAGCCAUCCUGACCGACCUGCAGCAGAAGUACCUGACUGUAAUCUCCAACCCCAGGUGGCUGCUGGAGCCCAUACCUUGGAAGGGGGCAAAGAACGUGUUCCAGGUAGACAUCCCGGAGCACCUGAUCCCCGCGGGGCACGAGGCGUGGCAGAUGCCGGCUCCUGAGAAGCUGGCUGCUGAGAGCGGCCCGGUCGUGACCCCGUCCACCGGCCACCCUGGCACAGACCUGUCAGUCAGGUGUCGUCUGAACGGCUGCCUGUUGGAGUGCACCGUCCAGCGCAAGCAGCUUUCUUCUCUCAGAUGAACAUCUUGGGGUGGGGUUCGGGGGUCCCUGUGUGACGCUUCUCCAGGCUCCUUGUGUGAGUCUCAAACACUCGAGUUAGGAAGGAGCCAAAGCUGCUGGUACAUGGCCGGGCAUCGCCACUCCUUUCCCUCCUGGUUCUUCUGUGACCUUACAGACUCGUGUGUUGACGACCACCGUGUGGCGUUUGGGGCUCCCUUAGGUGUGUUCCCUGUGCAUACUGAACCUUUGCCCAGGGGUGACCAGCCGCUCCUGGACUGACUCCCCAGGGUGAAGAGCGUGUCAGAACCAGAAACAGCAGCUGGCCGUCCUCUCAGGUUACCCUCGUUCUUAUUUAAAAGUGUCCGUCAGGGAGCCAGCUGGGGGCGUGGUGGCAACACAAUUGGAGCCACCACCUGGAAGGGUCCCCGGUUCGAGUCCCGGAGCCUCCCUGUGCACACCGGGCCUGUCUGCUCGUGAUUCAGGUGAGGCUGAGGCUGGAGUGGCUCACGGGGGAACACCGCAUCUGGACUUCCUGACUCUGUCUCUCUCUCUCAUGGAAGAAAUACAUACGUAAACUGAAAACCAGUGACCACCCGUGACACAGCCACUUUGCACACAAGCACAGGACCUUACCACGCCUCUGACAACAGCGUGAGCACGACUUUUGAGACGUAGCAUUGUUUUGCUGUAAACCGGCAAGCACGCACACACUGUGUGUGUGUGUGUGUGUGUGUGUGU